AUGGAAAAAAUCUACACCAUCUCCAAAAUGGUCAAGUUCGAGCAUACGUGGAUUGUGGAACCGAGCGGUUUUGAGCGGCACUGUCCCUGCUGUGAAAUAACAACCGGCACAACGAAAUGGCUACUCAAUUGCUGCACGGACGUGUCAGACAUCGAUGGUGAUGGAGAGGUGCAAUGCGGGAAGUGCUAUGGUCCGUUUAUAAUACUACUGUCCGAACGAAACAAAGUCGCGAUCAUUAGUGUUUCUGAGGAAGGUACCGAUCGAAAGGUUUAUCUCGAUAGUGCCACAUACGAAAUGGAACCGGGCAAGAAGAUGCCCCUAAUGAUACACAAUCCGUACGAUCGCGCAUCUUCAAGUUCCUAUCGACUGUUACAAGCUAAGCGUCGAAAGAUUGUUACCGAGAUUAAUUUUUACGAAAACAUUACUAUGAGCUAUGAUGUUUCCUACGUCCUAUAG